AUGCCGCGGUCAAUCAAACGUUCCUCGCUCUCUGAGGCUUCUGGGGCUUCUUGUUCUACUGAGCGUGAAAUUGACAAGGAUAACUAUGACCCCCCACCGGCAUACACCGAAGCAAUCCCCAGCCAGAACAACGAUGGUGUCACAACGCCGGGGUCAUAUCCAUUCCCGGAGCUACCUAAGAUACUCAAGGCUGGGGAUACUACUAGCCAGCAUCGCGAUCCUGAGCUCAGUGAUAGAAAGGACGAUCUCCAAUGCACUGAACUGCCUGCCUGCGGCGAGAAGAGCGCUCCGGAAGUCCAGAUAACUCCUUCGGUCAACCGGGUAAUGUCACGGCCGCCCAAGCGCUCAUUAUCUCCUGAUGCUUCUAAUACUCUCCCCAAGCCCAAGCGUCAUGAACGCGAACCCCCCGGCGAUGAGGUGGAGUCUCUUCGAACACCUCACAUAACACCAUCUCCCCACGGUGGAGAUAUUCGUGCCGCGGAAAGGCGAAGCUCUCUGCCUGACCUCUGCGGCGGAAAUGUUGAGCGUACUACAAAGCAGCCCGUCGACCUGCCCGCUGGCAGCGACAGCAGCGGUGUUGUAAGCCAUCCGAGCCUAGAUCCGACGCUGUCCUCUGAACCUCAUUUACCACCUCUUAUUGAUGAGAGUGCCGCUCCAGGAGAACCCACAAGUCCCGUCCAGACUCACACCAACGACCUUGCUUCUGAGGAAUGUCAAGCACCCCGGAGAUGCUUCAGAUUUAUGCCCUACUACACUCUGUUUAAUGAUGAGGAGGAAGCAAUACAUCGUUAUUGGAAUUCUUUCCAGGGCGCUGUUCAAUCGUUUGCGCGAGAUUGUCUCCCAAAGAAAUGCUCCUGGGAAGAACUACCCACCGGGUACCAAGACCAAGUUCGGGAAUGGGCAUCAAACCCCAAGGAGUACCUAAACUCGAAGUUUCCACCCGAUGUGACUAAUUUCUAUGCCGCCUGGCUAUUUCGCCUUCUGGAUCACCAUUUGUUCUCUGGCAAAGACGUAGACAAAUGGAAGGGGUCAGAUUGGAAGGGAUUUGGUGCUCUCUUGGCGUCUGGCAAAGCACAUUUGAGCGAACCAAAUGGCCUCUUCGCUGUCAAGUACCACCACUGGCGUAAUCUUUCUGUCCAGACACUGGCUGACAUGCAUCAUCCCGAUCAGCGUCAUGUUGAUCCUGACUGGCUAUGGGAGAAGAUUGCAGACUGGAUGAAGCAUCUUCCCUUUGUGUUGGAGAAGGACCAAUCUGAACACCAAUACGAUUGGAGAAAGUUGAUAGAAUCCGCCAUCAACAUGGAUAGCCUGAUCAUUACAGCUCGACGGGACAUCACACUGCGCCUAUCUGACUCUGCCACCGGCAAAGACUACGGCUUUCCCGCGGUAAAAGACAAAAUGGCGCGGCGCAAGGGGCAAAUAAAUAGGGCACGGGGGGACCCCGUGGUAGACUUUGUCAUCUUCCCAACGCUCCUCGCCUACGGCAAGGCGAACACCACGUCGAUCUGGGAUGAGAGUCGCCCAGCGGAGAAUGUCCUUCUCCCCUUUGGUGAUAGUUGGGAUACAGUUUCCAUGGAAUUAAGCAUGACAGUGUGCUAUCACUAG